AUGAACAUAAUGAAAUCUCUUGUUGUUGUAUUUUUUCCAGAUGACUACUUGGCUGUAGUAAUUGCUCUGGGAGUGUUGUCGGCCAUUCUGUUGAUUGUUGUUAUGAUAUUAUCAUGUUGCCUAUACAGAACAUGUCGUAUUAAAAGCAGCAAUGACUUAGAAAAGGUUCCCGCGGAGAAUAAACCAUCCCUGCAACAGCCAGUCAUGGUAUCCGUACCAGAACCGCCCACUAGUCCAACUUUAAAAGAUUUUGCUUGCCAGGUACAACUACACCAUACUGUGGAAACAAAAGAUCUGACUGAACCUAACAUCAACUCUGAAAUGAAUGAAAUACGUAUUCCGAGGGCAGAGAUUGGCUGCCAAGUAACCUUAACGGAAUCAGACAGAUUAACUGAUUUUAUGAUGUCUGAAGUACCACCAUUGAAACACAAAGAUAAAGGUGUAUCAACAGAAGCAAUAUUACAGUCUAAUGGACAAUGUCAAACAGACAUGAUUAAGACAAAAAAUCAGAAAAGUCAAGCAAAUAUCAAAACAAAGAAAAAUGUUCAAACUACAAGCAGUCAAACGGAUAUUAUCCAUCGAGACGAUAAAAAACAAGGGGAAGCUAAACAAUUCACAAUUGGCCCUGAUAAAACACCUAUCAAGCCUGUGGCUAAUGGAAAUAUUCCAGCAUUUGUAGAUGAAGAUGAAGCGUCUCCAAUCCAAAUGGAAAAUGUAAUUAUCAGCAAACAUAAACACAAAAGGAAGACAAGGAAAAAGAAAAAGAUUCCAAAAAGUGACGAUGAACGUGACAUUCGUAAUAUAUCUCCUGAUACUCUAGAUAUAGCCAGUGUAGAUUCAAUCAAAGACAUUCCGGCAAAUAAAAGAUUUUUUUUUACACCGGAAAAGGAAGUAUAUAAACCGGAACCGGAAAUGUCUCAACCGGAAACGGUUGUACACAGUUAUCAAACCGAUAAUACUGAUACUGAAAGUCCGGAUACGUAUAGUAGGGAAGUUCGCCCAAUUCAGGUAAUGCCAUUUAGCCCAACUGUUGCCAAGGAGAUUAAACAUGUUUAUAAAGUUCGUAGCGUGAUGGAAAGUGCUUUCUUUACUCAGGAAAAGAAUGAGGAAAAGCUACUACACAUGAUAAGACGUCAAUCCAAGGGGAAACGAGUAAAGAAACGAAAAGAUUCACAUUGCUAACAAACAUGAUAUCAUAACAGUAUUAUUCGAAUUAC